AUGAGCGAUGUCCACCACUUGGCUCUAGAUGUGACAGGCGUUUCAAAUUAUGCGCUCUCAAUCAACGAAGACGAAGUAGACAUUGAGACUCUUGACUUUCAAACAAUGCUGUUCUUAGACCCGGGCAUCUUCCGGUAUGGACAGGUCCAAUUUCCUUGGACAAAUAUCCCUGUACCACCCCAUAUCACGCGGCUCCUGGGCGACAACAAAGAUCUCAGCUCUGCAGUUUCACGAUUUUUUGACCACAUACACUCCUGGAUGCCGUUUAUCUCCAGGAAACGCUUCUUGGAUUCCUAUAUGCGUCCCUCGGCUCGGUCUCGGCCAGACGUCGCCAUUCUUCUGCUGUCUCUUAAGCUCAUUACAACGCCGCCACCAGUUGAUCCGAGAAACCCCAAAACGCCCCUUUAUUGGGCAGCGAAGCAUUUCUAUCUCGACAUCGAAAGCUCCCAUACUGCUUCUAUAGCGGUGCUGCAGGCUGGGGUGCUCUUAGCCCUCUACGAGAUUAGGCACGGCAUAUAUCCGGCGGCGUUUCUGUCAAUUAGCGCCUGUGCUCGUUAUGCACAUGCUCUGGGUAUCAAUGUCGACGGAAUGGCUAGGACCAGCAGCGUCUUUACGCUGAUCGAAGUCGAAGAAAGGAAGAGAAUUUGGUGGGCUAUUGUUAUUCUGGAUCGUUUCGUAAACAUUGGGUGCCCUGGUAGACCUCUUGCGACUGCAGAGCCUACGCUGGAUGACCUCCUUCCUGCAGACGAUGUCGCUUGGGAUCAAGGGAUUGUCGGAAUCGUCGAUUCAUACAAAGUAUCGUCGCCAACGAGCAGCCAUAUGAGCAAGUUUGCGUUGUUGUGUCAAGCCGCUAGAUUACUGGGUCAAGUGCUUCGCCAACUCUCCAACAACACUCUUGAAGAUCACCACGACGACAGUUGGAUGCAGCUAGAUCGUACGCUGGAUUCGAUGCUCGCGGCUGCGCUCCACGUCGACUCGCCCGAUUACGACCAGAUCACCUUCAUCUACAAGCAAGUCAGCCUUCCUCAAUCCCGAACUGGCCUUGUGGCCCUCAAUGAACCGUAUCUCUCCUUAAAUGAGGGGAUACGCUCUCAGCGUGCCAAAUUUGUCGUGGAAGCCAUUACGGAUACUAUCCGAACAAACCUACUAGGCCAGCAGUGCCUGAUUGGCCGUGAUCCGGAGAGCGUUUCACCCUGGGGACUAUUCUUCGGCUACCGAAUAUGUGUCUACUUCGUGUGUUCCGAGCACAAGGACUCGUAUGAUUUUCAGAUUGUGGAGAGCUUGAAAGAAGUGUUCCGUAACAUCGAUGUUAGAUGGAACGCCGCAGGUAAUCAUCUGAUCCUCCCAAUCUCUUUGUACGUUGCUUCUGUAUUGACUGUUGUCGCAGGUGUCUACCUUCGGCUUCUGGAGGCGCACGAGGUUAUGAGCAAAGGCUGA